AAUUUCAUAGAGAGUGCUUCCAAGAAUUUGAAGAACAUUAAAGAAAUGUGAAACCAACGACUUUAGUUCCAAGUCCUUAAGAUUUGCUUUCCUUCACAACGCGGGUUCAAAACUAUAAACUUCGUGUCUCUCUUCCUUUCACAUUUCUAAAUCUUCCUCUCCUUGCUCACACUAUGCCCAUUCCUGCACCGCCACCGCGCCCGCCACAUUCACACCACCUUCUUUCCCUUCUUUUCUUUUUCUGUAUCACCACAGCCAAUGCAGCUGCCGUUGCUGCCACCACCACCGCCACCGACAAUUCUCAAAAAUUCAAAGAGGCCCCGAAAUUCUACAACUCCCCAACCUGCUGUUCCCUCUAUUCCGAUGACAUGUGCUCUAAUCAAGCGGUCCACGUGGCAAUGACUCUUGACUUACAUUACCUCCGUGGCACCAUGGCGGCGAUUCUUUCAAUACUCCAGCACUCUUCCUGUCCGGAAAAUCUUCGCUUCCACUUCAUUUCCUCUCCUUCCGCCACCUCUCUCCACACCACCAUCACCUCCUCUUUUCCUUACCUCCACUCUCAAAUCUACACCUUCGACACCUCAGCCGUGGCCGGCCACAUCUCCACUUCCAUCCGCUCCGCCCUAGACUCACCACUCAACUACGCCCGUAACUACCUGGCCGAUCUCCUCCCUGCUUGCAUCCAAAGAGUCAUUUACUUAGACUCCGACAUAAUUCUAGUCGACGAUAUUUCCAUUUUAGCCGCCACUCCACUGGGCGACGAGGCGGUCUUGGCAGCUCCGGAGUAUUGCAACGCUAACUUCACUUCGUACUUUACACUUACCUUCUGGUCUAAUCCAUCGUUAUCUUUAACUUUCUCGGAACGCAAUGCUUGUUAUUUUAACACAGGAGUAAUGGUGAUCGAUUUACAGAGGUGGAGAGAAGGCGAUUACACAACAAAGAUAAUUGAAUGGAUGGAACUGCAGAAAAGGAUACGGAUCUACGAACUAGGUUCGUUGCCGCCAUUUUUGCUUGUUUUUGCCGGAAAUAUAGCGCCGGUAGAUCACAUGUGGAAUCAACACGGAUUAGGCGGCGAUAAUUAUCACGGUCUUUGUAGAGAGUUGCAUCCUGGUCCGGUUAGUCUGUUGCAUUGGAGUGGAAAAGGUAAGCCAUGGGUUCGGCUUGACAGUAACCGGCCUUGCCCGUUGGAUUCUCUUUGGGCUCCUUAUGAUCUUUUACAAACGCGUUUCGAUCUUGAAUCUUGAUUACAGUUUUAGAAAAUUUGAGUUUAAUUAUAGAAAAUUAUAAAUUAAUAAAGAGAGACUUUUCAGUUGUUCAAUGAA